UGCCUUUGCUUCUUCAUUCGUUGCUGUUUUCCAGGAACACAUCAGGAUGCCUGAACCCGCCAAGUCUGCGCCCAAGAAGGGCUCCAAGAAAGCCGUGACCAAGACGGCCGGUAAAGGAGGCAAGAAGAGGAGAAGGACCAGGAAGGAGAGCUACGCCAUCUACGUGUACAAGGUGCUGAAGCAGGUCCACCCCGAUACCGGCAUCUCGUCCAAGGCCAUGAGCAUCAUGAACUCGUUCGUCAACGACAUCUUUGAGCGCAUCGCCUCCGAGGCUUCCCGUCUGGCUCACUACAACAAGCGCUCCACCAUCACCUCCAGGGAGAUCCAGACGGCCGUGCGCCUCCUGCUGCCCGGUGAGCUGGCCAAGCACGCCGUGUCUGAGGGCACCAAGGCGGUCACCAAGUACACCAGCUCCAAGUAAACCUGCUGUUUACCAUCUAAACCACAAAGGCCCUUUUUAGGGCCACACAAAUAUAACUUGAAGCAGAAAUCCUGUUUAUGCCAAAUGUAAAGUAGAAAACAACGUGGGAGUUCUACCCUUUCAUGCAUCGUCAUUAUCUGUUUUCAGUGUUCUCACGUUUAUUUAUUUUCAUUUUGUACAUGUAUACUGAAUCAAGUUCUCAUAUCCAU